GAAAAAGAAAUCAAGAUGGAUGCCAAUCAAUUUGCAAUAUUCAUGAAGACGCAACAAGAUUUGAUAACACAAAUAUCCAAGUUGACUGUUGGUGCAUCCUCCUCAAGUGCAGUACCGAGCAGUAACAUCAUCAACACAGCAUUAGUUCCAAACUUCGAAGCAUUUAAGGAGACAUUCCGUAAUUACAUACAGUGGUUCACAAAUUACGUGAACAUGAAGAACGUUGAAAAUAAUAAGGAGUAUUGUACGAAGCUCCUCCUCAAUUCAAUUGGUGCAAAGCAUUUUGAUAGGGUGACGGCAUUAGCGGCACCAAAAAUUGCAGCUGAAAUACAGUACGAUGAUUUAUUAAAGCUAUUAGAAAAUUAUUUAGCUCCAAAGAGGAACGUACUUGUGGCCCAACACAAAUUCUUAUCGAAAUAUCAGAGUGAGGGACAGUCGGUGGCAGAUUUUGUCGCAGUACUUCGUACCGAUAUCAUCGAUUGUGAGUUUGUGUCAGAUUGUGCGUGCAAAAGUUCAAUUUCUGAUGUGUUUUUAAGGGCACAAUUUAUCCGUGGCAUUAAUGACAAUGGCAUUCGUGAACAGCUACUGCAAUCAAAUGCAACUAAAUUUGAAGAAAUUGUGUUAAAGGCGUUGGCGUUUGAAGCAGCAAAGUGUGAUGCAAAGGAAUUAUCUCAGGCUGCAGCAAAUUCAUCGAACGCAUCUGUCAAUAAAAUUUUCAAUAAGAUAAAAGUACCAAUACACCCCAGAAUUCAACAUCAACACAAGCGUAAAGUAAAUUACGAGAAAUUGGGUAUUGCUGGGUUAUGUUUGCGAUGUGGCAGGAAUGACCAUUUUGCAAAAGACUGUCGAUCCAGUUCAAAAUUAAAAUGUAAUUUAUGUGCAAAGCACGGGCAUGUAGCAAAAGUCUGCAUUGCUUCUCUUUUGGCGGAUAGUCUUAAUGCCGGACCUAAAAACACUCAGAGUACCAGAGGCAACUCAACAAAUCAAGUUCGAAGUGAUAAUUCCAAUUACGGAAUUUAUAAAAUUGUUGAUGUUUACUGCAAUGACUACUCAAAUAGAAAUUCUGAUCGUUACUAUGCAAAUAUUUCAAUAGAAGGAAAAACUGUAAAAUUUGAAGUAGACUCAGGCUCUGGAUAUUCAUUUUUACCCCGAAGUAUGUUCAAAGAACUGCGUUUGUCUAACGUAAUAACCCCAACAAAUAUCGUGUUCCGUUCCUACACACAAAAUACGUUUACUCCAGAUGGCAAGGUACAUGUACAUGUCAAAUUCAACAACAUUUCUAUAAUUGAUGACCUUUAUGUGGUACCGGACGGGUGUACGGCUCUAAUAGGAAGGACAUGGAUACGUCGCUUAGGCAUAAAUCUUAAUGAAUUAGAUAAUGGUAAUUCAGCUAUGUUUGUCACUAAUUCUAUUACAGAUUCGAAUCAAAUUGAAGAUUUAAUGGCCGAAUUUGCGUCAGUUUUUGAUCAGAAAAUUGGGUGUAUCCCUAACUACAAAAUUUCGUUACAAUUGCGUGAAAAUUCCACACCUAGCUACACAAAAGAGCGCCAAAUUCCGUACGCAUUAACAGAACGAGUUAAUAAGGAGCUUGACGAAUUGCAAAAAAGGUGGGUUCAUCACCAAAGUGGCCAAUAG